GUCGACAUUAUGUAUACGCUUCUAGAAUCAUGGAUGGAUCGCAUUUGGGACGCACCAUUAGGCUAUGUAUCGAUACUUACGGGACUUCUAGCAACACUUAUAAUUUUAUUUAAGCUCACAUCCCACACCGAUAUACCAUACAUCUGCAACCUGCCCGAGAUCCCUGGAGCUCUCCCUAUCUUCGGUCAUCUACUCCAACUCGGCGAUGACCAUGCCACAGUGUGCGAAAAAUGGUGGCGACAAUACGGCCACUCUGUCUUCCAAAUCCGCCUUGGAAACACUCGAGCGGUCGUGGUCAACUCCUUUGCCGACUGUAAGAAAAUGCUAGUUAGCAACUCACAAGCACUUAUUGACCGGCCAACGCUGUACACAUUCCACGGCGUCAUAUCGAGUACCAAGGGUUUCACGAUCGGCUCCUCGCCCUGGGAUGAUAGUUGCCGCAAUAAGCGCAAGGCAGCCUCAACAACGCUGAGCAAGGCGAUGAUGAAGAAUUACUAUCCCAUGUUUGACCUGGAAUCGUACUGCAUUCUCCGAGACCUUCAUCGGGACAGCAAAACUGGAUCCGUAGAGGUCAGUAUCCGGCCAUACAUUCAGCGCUACGCGUUGAAUACAACAUUGACUCUAUGCUAUGGGAUACGAAUGGACGAGGUCUAUGACACGCUUCUUCGAGAGAUCCUGAAUGUUGGCUCCGCAAUCUCGCUACUUCGGUCCGCGUCUGAGAAUUAUCAAGACUACAUUCCCAUCUUGCGGUAUAUCCCGAAUAACGAGAAGACGGCACGUUCGAAAGAACUAAGAGGGCGGCGUGACAUAUAUCUUGACCUUCUUCUUAAUAAGGUCCGUGAAAUGAUCAAGACUGGAACGGACAAGCCAUGCAUAUCCGCGGCAAUUCUGAAAGACCAAGAAACCCGUUUGACAGGAGUAGAAGUUGGAUCAAUUUGUCUCUCGCUGGUGUCUGGAGGCUUUGAGACUAUUCCAGGCACGCUGGUUUCCUGCAUCGGAUCCCUCUCUACACCCGCCGGCCAAGCAUUCCAGGAGCGUGCAUACGAGGAUAUCAGGAAGCAUUAUCCGGACCUGAAAGAAGCAUGGGCGACUGAGUUCGAGAAAGAGAAGGUCCCGUAUUUGAAUGCUAUUGUCAAAGAAGCUGGAAGGUAUUACACGGUUAGUAGUAUGAGCUUGCCCAGGAAAACAGUUUCAGACGUGCAUUGGAAUGGAGCGGUCAUUCCCGCGAAGACGAUGGUUUUGAUAAAUGCGCAGGCGGGGAAUCACGAUGUCGAAUACUUUGGCCCCGAUGCUGGAACCUUCAAUCCUGAACGAUGGUUGGACGAGAUUUCUGAGAAGGCCUUUGAAGAAAAGGCGUCUCCUGGACUCGACCAUCUUUCUUUCGGUGCAGGAUCACGAUCGUGUCCUGGCGCAAUCAUUGCGAGCAAGCUUAUAUAUUCAGCCCUCUUCCGAUUGCUCUCGCUGUAUAAGAUCGAAGCUUCCGAGAGCAAUCCACCGAAUACGGAUUAUGUCGAGUAUAAUGCGAUUAAAUCGGCACUAGUAGCCAUUCCGAGGGACUUCAAUAGGGGAGGAGAGGAGAGGACGAGGGACUUCUAUAAGGAGUAG